AUUUUACUUCGUGAAGCACCAAAGCAUUAUUCUCGAUGUAGUUAUUGGAAUUCUCGAUCCGGCGAAUUGGGGCCGCAUCCGCAACCGCCACCCAAUGAGCAAGCCGCGCUGGGACGGAGCACGCCAUGCCCACUUCCCCGACCACGGGCUCGCGAUGGACGCCGCGGCGACCGCGCCCUCGUCGUCGAACCCUAGCUUCUCCGCGAGCGGGACAGCGGCGGCUCGGCGAGGGAGAAGGCGACCCUCCGCGCCGCCGCAUCCUCACCUACUCGACCCUCCGCGCGCCGUGAUCUCCAGCCCCGCGGUUCUCCCGGAUGCGGCCUCGGCCGCCGCCGCCAAUGGCUAUGGGCCUCUGGGCGAGGUCCAUGGCGACCUUCACCCGCACGUGCUGUCUGAGAAGGGGGGCGCCAAGUCCAUCGCGUUCGAGGAGAUCACCUGGUUCCGGAGGAGAAGUCCGGAGGAAUCACCAUCUCAACGGCGCAUGUGGAGUACGAGACUGCUGAAAGACAUUAUGCUCACGUGGACUGCCCAGCCACUGAUUAUGUCAAGGUACAAUGCUGAAGACUGGGAUCAACUGAAGAUUGCCUCUGAGGGUCUCAAGCACAGGGUUUUUAAAGUGUCCCUAGCUGAUCUUAACAACGAUGAGGACAAGGCUUACAGGAAGAUCAGACUCCGUGCUGAGGAUGUCCAGGGGAUGAAUGCCCUUACGAACUUCUGGGUAUUGUUUGAAAGGGUUGAUGAUGCGUUCUGGUAGAAGCAUUGUCUUGGUCUUUCAAUAACUGGAAAUGCAUCGAUAAGCAUGCAUAACAAAAAGAUGGGUUCCGAGCCAUGAUCAUCUAAUUGUGCUUGAAAUUUGGAGAAGUUACUAUAAAAACAAUUAAUUAGAUGUGCUUCCUACUGAUUAAAUUACAAGCUGCAUUUUCCUGUUUCUUGGAUGGAGGUACCAUAUAAUGUAGAUUUUUGGGGAAAGAGUUUAUCCUGAUUUUAUAUGACAAAUUUACACUAUUGAGGCACAAGAACAGCAGGCGUGUCAUUGGAGUAAUUAGCUGCAGUCAUGUUGCCUGAUAUAUAUAUGGGCAGAGGGUGGGUGUUGCCUACCUCUCGAUUUUGAUGUAAAAGUCGUAUGAUGAAGUUCAAAUGUUCAUCCUGUUGUGGUCGUGGCACAUAUUCCGGAAGCAAUUCAGUUCGCUAUAGGCCUUACCGAUGGCAUUGUUUAUGUCAUGAUUGGAAGGUUGCAGUUUUUACUUCAAGUUUUAGUUGAAACCUGAUAUUUGGAAUGCUGUGAAGUUACAUGUAGUAGGAUUUGUUAUGAUGUGAUAUAUAGAAUUCUGGAUUAUGUAUAUGUAUUACAGGGUUGAAUACUUUUCUGGUACAUUUGUACAUUUGGAUUAUGUGCAUACAUUGUUGUUUAUAUUUGCCUUUAUUGUUA